GUAACUUUUAGAAAAGGUUGGUCAAGUGAAAAUACUGUAGCUCCGAGUAUUGUUUAUCUUUGCAUCAAUUCUUUGUCUGAGGAUAAGCAAUCUAAUUCAUGUUCUAAACAAGAUAAAUUUAUUUCAUCUGUUUAAAUAUCUAUAACCUUGGCUACUUUCAUGUCCUCAAGCUUUGUUAGCUCUACAGGCAGCAUAUACUUUCUUUAUGUCAUUUUGGCUUAAAGUAGUACCAGACAAAGUGCUACAAUGAAUAUCAAUUUCUAUAUAAACAAAGCCAAUUUAGCCGCUCAUCUAUAUAUAAAAUAAAAACAAUGCAACAAACUCCUUCUAACGCCACUGCUUUACAUGAUUUCAAGAAUCAGCAAGAUAAUACUAACCCCCUUCAUUAUGAUACUGGCUUAAUCCAAGACCCUACUUCUGGAUAUGUGAAUUAUGAUGAUAUCAAAGGCAAUACCUACACUUCUUCAGAAACAGCAAAUACUACUCAAAACAACAAUGAACAUGAGCCUAGAAUGAGCAUUAACCCCAAGCAACAUGCUCCUGUAAUGGUUGGUCGAAAUAAUGAACAAGACUCUGUAGAGCAAGUCGACAAUAACUCGCUUGAAACAAAAGAGCCCAACACAAGUAAUGAACAAAGAAAAAACAAUAAUAAUAAAAAACCUUUAAAUACAAGAGGUGAUGCUCAUCACAUUGCUGAACAACCUUCAAAAGGUCUGGGUGGUCUUACCGGCAAACAACCUGUAGGUGAAGUCAAUUUCAAGAAAAUGUAAAUUGUGUCUCUUUGUAAACAAUAAAAUUUAAUUCUCUAACAAA